AUGGUUUUAAUUAUUGAUUACACACUGACACAGGGGGACAGUCCGGCACCGGAGCGGCGCUGCGCCGGCGACGAGCCGGACGACAUGCCACCGGAUCCCCCGCCCGCCACCACCCCCAACGACGCCACCGCCCCGCCGGCGCCCAAAGCCCGGGCGGUGGUGGUGUCGCUGACGCCGGCGCGGCAGCGCGAGACGUGGGCCAAGAAGGCGGAGUUCCUGCUCGCCGUAGUGGGCUUCGCCGUCGACCUCGGCAACGUCUGGCGCUUCCCUUACAUCUGCUACCAGAACGGAGGAGGUGCGUUCCUGAUCCCGUACUGCGUGAUGCUGCUGUUCGGCGGGCUGCCACUCUUCUUCAUGGAGCUGGCGCUGGGGCAGUACCACCGCUGCGGCUGCCUCACGCUCUGGAAGCGCAUCUGCCCCGCCCUCAAAGGAGUCGGUUACGCGAUCUGCAUGAUCGACAUCUACAUGGGCAUGUACUACAACACCAUCAUCGGCUGGGCGGUGUACUACCUGGUGGCCUCCCUGGCCUCCAUCAACUCCGAGCUGCCCUGGACCAGCUGCGACAACCCCUGGAACACCCCGCUCUGCUCCCCCGUCACCGCGCAGCAAACUAACCCCAAUGCCUCAACCCCUGCCAAAGAGUUCUUUGAACGCAACGUGUUGGAGCAGCAGCGGUCCAACGGGCUGGACGACAUGGGCCCCAUCAAGCCAUCGCUAGCACUCUGCGUGUUUGGGGUCUUCGUGCUCGUCUACUUCUCGCUUUGGAAAGGCGUGCGCAGUGCCGGCAAGGUGGUGUGGGUGACAGCGCUGGCUCCGUACGUGGUGCUACUGAUCCUACUGGCGCGGGGAGUUACCCUGCCCGGCGCCACCGAGGGCAUCCGCUACUACCUCACUCCCGAAUGGCACAAGCUUAAAAACUCUAAGGUGUGGAUCGACGCGGCAUCGCAAAUCUUCUUUUCUCUGGGUCCGGGGUUCGGCACGCUGCUCGCGCUGUCUUCCUACAACAAGUUCAACAACAACUGCUACCGCGACGCACUCGUCACCUCCUCCAUCAACUGCCUGACUAGUUUCCUUGCUGGUUUUGUAAUCUUCUCCGUCCUAGGGUACAUGGCGCACGUGCAGAACAAGAGCAUCGAGGAGGUGGGCCUGGAAGGCCCGGGGCUGGUCUUCAUCGUGUACCCCGAGGCCAUCGCCACCAUGACGGGCUCCGUCUUCUGGGCCAUCAUCUUCUUCCUCAUGCUCAUCACGCUGGGCCUGGACAGCACCUUCGGAGGUCUGGAGGCGGUAACGACGGCCCUCUGCGACGAGUACCCGCGCGCGCUGGGCCGACACCGAGAGAUAUUUGUCGCUGUGCUAUUAUGCCUCAUCUAUAUCUGCGCGUUACCCACCUGCACCUUUGGCGGCGUGUACCUGGUGGACCUGCUGAACGUGUACGGGCCGGGCCUGGCCAUCCUGUUCGUGGUGUUCGCGGAGGCGGCCGGCGUCUGCUGGGUGUACGGCGUGGGCCGCUUCUCGCAGGACGUCAAGACCAUGCUGGGGCAUGAACCGGGCUGGUUCUGGCGCGCCUGCUGGUCGUACAUCAGUCCCGUGUUCCUGCUGGUGCUGUUCGUGUUCUCGCUGCUGGCGCACGAGGAGAUGCUGGGCGGCGAGUACACGUACCCUGCCUGGUCCAUCCAGGUUGGCUGGCUGCUCACAGGGACCACCGUCUCCGCCAUCCCGGUCUACAUCAUCUACAAGUUCCUCAUCACACCAGGGAACUUCUACAACCGCGUCAAGACUAUCAUGAAUCCGGAGGUGACGACGAUACCUCCAGCGGACGCAACGGUUUGCAGCCUGUGACGGGACCCGGGACCCCCGCUGUACGCCAAGCCGCCCACCGAGUGGCUGGUGUGAGCCCCACAAACAAGAUCUUCUGGUUAGGUAAACGUGGCAGAUGGUACCCGGCGAUAUUGACAUACCAUGAGUAC